AAAAGUGAAUAAUAUUAGUGUGGUUACUACGGUUGUUUUGUAAAAAUAGUGCAAGUGAAUUAUUGUUAUUUUACUUGAAUGUUCAAAAUUUUACUAUUGUCCUUAUUUGUUAAUCUUUUUUUUUUAAAUUUUAAAAGUUCAAUGCACCUGUAAAUAAUUGUAAAAAACCAAUAAACAAAUAUAUACUAAUAAGUAAUAAGUAAAUAUUGUGAAUAAAAAAUAUACUCAAAAGGUAGAAAAAUUCCUUACGGAGAUAAUUCUGAUAUACAGAAAGAUUUUUAUCGAUUGAUUUUAGAGAGAAAUUUUUUUCAAUACUUCUCAGUUCAACUCCCUUUUUUUUUGAAAAUUAAUAAAACAAAUAAUUAAUAAAAUAAUGUCUGCGGAUUCAGAAUUAAGUAAUAUUUUAAAUCGGCGCCAAAAAAUAAAUGAAGCUUUAGAGAACGGAGAGGAAGUUAAACCUCAACAAAAGUUCAAAGUUGUUAAUGUUUAUACAGAAUUUCAUGAAUUUAGCCGAAAACAAAUAAAGGAUUACCAGGCAACAUUUAAUAAAUAUGAUAUUGGUCAUGACGGAUUCUUGGAUUUAUCAGAAUUAAAAGUUAUGAUGGAAAAACUUGGUGCACCACAAACGCAUUUGGGUUUAAAAGCAAUGAUAUCAGAGGUUGAUGAAGAUCAUGAUGGUAAAAUAUCAUUUAGAGAGUUUUUGCUAAUUUAUCGUAAGGCACAAGCUGGUGAAUUGGAAAAUGAUUCAGGUUUAGGUCAAUUGGCCCGUUUAACUGAAAUAAAUGUCGAUGAAGUUGGUGUUAAUGGUGCUAAAAAUUUUUUCGAAGCCAAAAUUGAAGAAUUAUCAAAAACCAAUAAAUUUCAUGAUGAAAUCCGACAAGAACAAGAGGAAAGAAGACGAGCUGAAGAAGAAAAAGUUGUACGAAGAGCACAAUUUCAACAAAGAGCUGCAAUAUUUCAACAAAAUUAAAUAUUAAAAAAAAAAUAUUAUAUUAAGCUAAAAACGGAUAAAAUAACUACUAUUAUACCAAAAUUAAAGCUCGUUUAUCAUGCACAUAAAAACACUACAAAUUCCAUACUAUUCAUUAAAUUAUCAUUAAAUCUCACCAUAACCCCUACGAAUGAUAUUAAUUAAAUGCCUAAAAUAUUAAUAAAAAAACUAACAUUUAAAUAGCAUUUAUAUUUUAUCAUGUCCUUUACCAUAAUAAUAACAAUGACUGCUGUUUCUUUUUUGUAAUAGAAAUAGAAUCGUGGAAAAUUUAUUAAAAAAUUAUUAUUGAACGCCGAAAAAAUACUUUCAAGAACAUUUUUAAAAAUUUUAAUUUUUAUACAGAUAUAACAUUACUUUCAAUAUAAAUUGAAUGCGACAUACAUGCAUACGUAAUAUUAUAUAAAGAACAUAUAAACAAAUUAUACAAUACCAAUUACAUUAAAAAAUUAUAUAAAAUCAAUAUUAGUAAAUGUUUCUUAAAAGUUAUGUAAAAUAUUUAUAAAAAAAAUAUAUUAACUCGAUCAUUUGUAACUUGUUUAAUUUUGUAU